GAGACAAGGGGUGAGAAAAGAAAGGAGGGCCGAGGAAAGGGUCUGGGUCACGGAAAGCCAAAGGAGGCCCACGAUGUCCACGCCUCGCGCCGAAGAGCGGCGACCACUGGUGGCUCGAGGCCCGCAGGGUCCCCGACGGUGGAGAAGGACAGCAGCCGCUGCGGUGCUGCUAGUGGAGAUGCUGGAACGUGCUGCUUUCUUUGGCGUCACCUCCAACCUUGUGCUCUACCUCAACAGCUUGAACUUCAAUUGGGAGGGCGAGCAUGCCUCACGGGCCACGCUCCUCUUUCUGGGCGCCUCCUAUCUGCUGGCUCCAGUGGGAGGCUGGCUGGCCGACGUGUACCUGGGCCGCUUCCUCGCUAUCUCGCUCAGCCUGCUGCUCUACCUGGCCACCUCUGGCUUGUUGCUCACCACCAUCACCGACGAUGGCCGCAGAUCCUUCUGCGGAGAGAUGCCGGAGGUGCCGCUGGGUCCCGCCUGCCCAUCCGGAGACUGCCAAAGCUUCUGGUCCAGCCCCUACUGUGCGCCCACCCUUUACUUGGUACUGUUGCUUCUGGCGCUGGCUGCCAGUUCCGUCAGGAGCAACCUCACCUCGUUUGGGGCUGACCAGGUGAUGGAUCUCGGGCGUGAUGCCACCCGCCGCUUCUUCAACUGGUUCUAUUGGAGCAUCAACCUGGGUGCCGUACUGUCCCUGCUGGUGGUGGCCUUCAUCGAGCAGAACAUCAGCUUCCUAUGGGGCUACAGCAUCAUUGUGGGCCUCGUGGGACUGGCAUUCUUCCUUUUUCUCUUUGCCACCCCUGUCUUCAUCACCAAGCCCCCAACAGGCAGCCAAGUGUCAUCUAUGCUGAAGCUUGCAUUCCAAAGCUGCUGUCCCCGGCACUCUUCCAGGGACUCUGAAGGUGCCCACCUGUUGCCUUCCCAGAGGUCUCACCAGCCUGGACCUUCUCCACAAGAAGACAUGGCCAACUUCCAGGUGCUGGUGAAGAUCCUGCCUGUGAUGGUGACCCUUGUGCCUUACUGGAUGGUGUAUUUUCAGAUGCAGUCCACCUAUGUCCUGCAAGGUCUCCACCUCCAUAUCCCCAACAUCUUCCGGACCAACCCUAACAAUAGCUCUUUGUCUUUGAGAAUGGAUAGCAGUAACUACAGGAUCCCGGAAGCCUGGCUCCUGCUGGCCAAUGUUGUGGUGGUGUUGAUUCUGGUCCCUGUCAAGGACCACGUGAUUGACCCUCUACUGCUGAGGUGCAAGCUGUUGCCCUCAGCUCUACGGAAGAUGGCCCUGGGCAUGUUCUUUGGGUUCACCUCCAUCAUCGCGGCAGGAGUCCUGGAGAAAGAGCGCUUGCAGUACAUUGCUGCCAACCAGACAGUGCCUCAGGUGAUUGGGCAGGACUUGUACUAUGCAGCACCACUGUCUAUCUGGUGGCAAAUCCCCCAGUACCUGCUCAUCGGGAUCAGUGAGAUUUUUGCCAGCAUCCCAGGGCUGGAGUUCGCCUACUCAGAAGCCCCACGCUCCAUGCAGGGUGUAAUCAUGGGCAUCUUCUUCUGCCUUUCCGGGGUAGGCUCACUGCUAGGCUCUGGUCUGGUGGCCCUACUGUCCUUGCCUGGGGGCUGGAUGUACUGUCCCAAGGACUUCGGGAACAUCAACAACUGCCAGAUGGACCUUUACUUCUUCCUGCUAGCCGGCAUUCAGGCUGUCACAGCUGUCCUGUUUCUCUGGAUUGCUGGCCGCUACGAGAGGACGCGUCAGGACCCAGCCUCCCAGACCUCCUCGUCCAGCAGGGUCAGGGGCUGA